AUGACUUAUUUUCAAGACUUGCCGUGGUCAAAACGAAAGGCAUUAAAUCAGCUAUUGAUUCGAUAUUAUAUGAGGCUUUAUAAUACAAAAUAUCCAGACACUAGCCAAUGCAACAUAUACUUUUAUAAAAAUUUUAUCAAACAUGCUAUUCAAGCUGAAGACUAUCAAUCUAUAGAAACGAUCUUAUUGGAUUUUAAUUGGAUAACUGCGAAACUAAGGCAGAUAAAAAAUUUGCAUGAUCUAAGAAUCGAUUUGCAAGAAUAUAUUGGAUAUCUGGAAUCGAAGAAAGUAAACAACGAGAAGCUUGAGGAGAGAUGCGAUAAAAUGAAACACCUGCUGGAUUUGUAUUUACGAAACGAAUCUUUUUUGGAUAUUGAUAAAAUGGAUUUCGUGCAGUUCCUAUUAAUUAGCGCUAAACCAAAUAGCUGGAUUAUGCAAAGAGCACUAGUGAUUGCUGAAAAAAAUACCAAAUGUGGUCUUGGCCCGUACUGGAAAAUAUCAAGCCAUCAAAGUGCCAAUAUUCCAACGUGGAUUGAGUCAAGAACCAUGGUAAGCCAUUCUGGAAGCUUAUUACCAAGUUGUUCUAGUUCACGUAGCGAACAUCUACUACUAGCAUUUGGUUGUAAUAAAGAAGAUAUACCGAAUCAGAGGGUCCAUGUUAAGAAUUAUGAGUCAUCCAGAAAAGUUAUUAACUGUAAGAUCGAAAAUCAACAUACCCAAGUUACUGAUAUUAAGAUUUCCUCUGAUGGGAAAUUUCUAGCCUUCUCCUUUGAAGAGAUCAAGGGCGGUAAAAAAGCUAAACCAGCCAUUGAAUGGAUAGUAUAUAACCUAAUUAUGGAAGAAAAACUUCGAUUUGUUAACAGUAAAAGCCGUAAACUCUCUAAAACAAAUUUCUCCAAUCUGGAAUUCUCAUCUGAUAUUACCAAUCGCCCAUUUCUGCUAACAAUUUCUAACAGAAGGAAGGAGGCUGAUAUCUGGAAAAUUACCGAAAACGAAAUUCAAUCUACCAAUAAAUCAAUGUCAUGUGAAGACGAGAUUGAAUAUUGUAAAUUUUUCGGAAGCAGCGACAAUAUUCUUGUCUGUCAGCGAAAUUAUGAUCGAUUAAAGUUUAAUAAAAAUGAGGACGGUAACUGGAUUAAUCGUCUUUUAAGUUGGAUGAAAUUAAAUUCAAGGCUGCCUGAAUGUCGUAUAGAAGUUUGGCAACUGGAAAACUGGCAUUGCCAUCGGCUUUGGGAUGUUCCUGCAUUAAUUCAACGCUUCGAUGACAACAAAUACAGAUGUACUCGAUAUGUUGAUUCUAGUUCUUACCUCUAUCAUGUGGAAUAUAUUAACGGUGAAAUUCCAGUCUUAUUAAUGGCUUAUAGCGACGUCAUUGGAUUUUUAGACAUCGAAGGACAAAACGGAGAUACUAUAAUCAUCGACAUGACAGAGCAAUUUGAAGAUGUGUUUCAACCAAUUUAUUGUACAGCAAAAGCAAUUGAUGAUAUGAUCAUAACAGAUGAUUACCAAUAUUUAGCUAUACAUAAGGGACAUAAUAUCGACAUUCUAGAAGUGCAUCAUCUCAUGUCUAUGCCUCAAAGUCAUCAUUUUUUUAUCGUUAAUCAAACUAAAACUCAAUCUCUGUUUCGUUAUGACUUAGAAGACAAAAAAUUGAACUGGAUAGUUCCACAAAACAAAGUGAUCGUUGGCGAUAGACUGGCUAUGAAAAAUAGUUCCAAUAUUGAAUUACUUGAUUCUAGCUGUUGCUAUAUUUUUGAUGUUCCGCAUGUCACAAAAUUAUAUGGAGACAAGAAGAACAAGAAAUUGAAAUUAGAGAUUUAUCAGGGAAAAAACUUGGAACUCAUAUCUUGUAGCUACUUAGAGCAGCCAUACCAUGCAAAAUGGUCAUAUAAGUGCUAUAUGUUUGAUGAUCUGCAGCUUAUCGUGGUCAUUCAGUGGCAUGCAUGCAAUCAAUUAGAUUGUUUGCCCAAUUUGGCUGAGUUACAUCAUCAUUUCGCAAUUAUUCAGUUGUGUCAUUUAAAAGGGAUGCCAGAUGUAGUAAGAAAAAUGCAACAAAUUUUAAGUCAUAAAGGAACUGCAGCUAAUACGAGAAUUGAAUCAGCAAGAUACCGAAAGUCUGACCAUAAGUUAAUAUUUAUUUUAACCAUCACGGACCAAGACGAUCACAUCAAUCAAUUUGCCGUCAUCAUUCUAAAAUGUGUCGAUCAAGACGAAAUGCCAUACUGUUUCGAAGAACCGACAUAUUAUGAAGAUAUGAAAAUUUUAUUUAGUAAUAUUCAUAACCUAGUUAUGUACCAGCGUAUAAGUAGUUUUAAGCAUGUAAUUCAGCAAACUCUUGAUACUGUUGUACAAUCUGAUUAUUCAACAAAUUUCUUUCUCUUUGAUCGUCAAAAACUUCAAUUUCAGUGGUAUAAGAUUCAAGAUAAUUUGAUUAAGUUCAAACUAUUCAAAUUAUCUUCUGACGGUAUCAAUAUCUGGACUAAAGAAUCUAUAUGCAAGAUUGUGCUACCUACAGACGAAUUGAGUGAUGAUUGUCACGUUUUAUUUUGCAAAUGGGAUGCAAGCACCUUCAUCAAGAUAUUCGGAGAUGAGCUCGCUGAAAAGUUGGAAGGAUGCGACGAUAAAUGGAAGGAGUGUGUUGUAAUUGAAAAAGGAGUGGAUAUUAGGAUGAUCGAUAUAAGAAGAAAGAAGUUGUUACUACGUGGAUUCAAGAAUACUUUAGAAGGCUAUAACCAACAGUUGCUACUACUAAGUGGCUGUUAUAUUUGGCCGAAGAAUUAUUUGACAGUCGUUGAUAGCAAAAGCUGUCAGGUCCUUCAAAGUGCUCAAAUAGAUUAUUUAUUUAUGAAGGGAAAUGAUGAACAAUCUAUGUUCAUUUGCAAAGGAAAUUAUCACCAAUAUUCCAUAAUUCAGACCAUUAGUUAA